CUCUUCAAGCAUGGACGUUGGAAGUGGUGGAUUUUAGUAGUGAUCAACGUAGCCUUACUCUUGAUUGGCCAAUCUGGUGCAGUUUUGUUGGGGAGAUACUACUUUGACCAAGGUGGAAAAAGUAUAUGGAUGGUAACACUAGUACAAACUGUGGCAUUCCCUAUCCUUUUCUUACCAAUUUUCCUCUUUCCUCACCCCAAAAACCUUUCUGACACCCCCAUGCACUCUUCUUCCAUUCACACUCUCAUCAUGGUUUACUUCCUAUUGGGAAUCCUAUUAGCUGGGGAUAACUUGAUGUACACAAUAGGGCUUCUAUAUCUUCCUGUGUCCACUUACUCUCUCAUUUGUGCAUCCCAGCUUGCUUAUAAUGCCAUCUUUUCCUUCUUCAUCAACUCUCAGAAACUCACCUUGUUAAUACUCAACUCAGUGAUUCUCCUCACAGUGUCAGCUGCACUUAUAGCAGUUCAUUCUGACUCAUCAGAGGACAAAGCCAGGAAUGUUACAAGGAACAAACACAUGGUGGGCAUUUGGUGCACUCUUGGUGCAUCAGCAGGGUAUGCCCUUUUGCUGUGUCUGAUGCAGCUAUCAUUUCAAAGGGUGUUGAAGAGGGAAACAUUUUCUGUUGUCCUAGAAAUGCAACUUUGGACAUCUUUUGUUGCUUCUUGUGUUUGCAUAGUGGGGCUUUUUGCCAGUGGAGAAGGGCAAGGCUUGAAGGAUGAGAUUAGGAGGUUCAAGGCAGGGAGAGAGGUUUAUAUGUUGACAUUGAUUGGAACAGCUUUGGCUUGGCAAAUUUGUUCUGUUGGGGUUAUAGGGCUAAUCUAUUUGGUGUCUUCACUAUUCUCUAAUGUUAUGAGCAUGAUGAGCUUGCCACUUGUUCCUGUUGCUGGAAUCAUUUUUUACCAUGAACAAAUGGGUGCACUAAAGAUUGUGGCCAUGUUGUUGGCCAUCUUGGGUUUCAGUUCUUAUAUCUACCAAAAUUAUUUGGAUGAAAACAAGUCCAAAGCAACAGCAAUUUGUCCUAAAGCCACCCCAGAAACCUCUAUACCCGGAUAA